CCUCCUAAGCCUGAACCCAUCGAGGUUAUUGAGCUCCCUCUCCCACCCAUAGUAGCGGACAGUUCCCCAGGAGCAUGCAAUGCCAGAAUCAAUCCUCGCGGCACCGGGUGUAUCGCCCAAGUGGGUGGCGGAUCGAGUCCCGAGACUGUUGGCAUCAUGGCUUCUGGAGACUUCCUGCCGGACAACAAACACGUCAUCAGCAUGGUGACGUUCACUGGAGCUCCUGCCGCGCCGAAUCCAUCCAGCAUUUACAACGGGGAACAGGUCAUCUUGAUCAAGACCGACGGCAGCAAAUUCUCGAACGGCGACUCCUGGAAGUGCGUCACCUGUGGGAUUCCCAGCGAACAUCGAGUCGGCAUGUCCACCAUGCUGGAUUAUCCCCAAGCAUUCGAUGAUGGAAAACGAAUUCUAGUCGGCGACAACGUGAUCGACUGUGGAGAACAUCUCCUCGCCAGCGACGGCUGUAAUCCACAAAACACCUUCAUCUACCCCAUUCGAUGGGAGACCACGGCACCGGGCUCGUCCACAGCAGGCGGUGCUAUGCGGGAACUCCGCAUCCACCCGGAUAGCAAGCACAUUGGCUUCAGUUCGUUCACCAACACAGGUGGAAAGCUAGGCCAGUUCGCCUACUUCGGCAGGCUGGUCUUCAACAAGAAUCCCUCCUCCGGCCUGCCCCUUGCGCCCCGCUACGACGUCCACAAUGUCACUGUGCUCUUCAACCCGGACAGCACUCCGCCUAUAUCAAUCAAAGGGAACGAGCUAUCUUUGAACCCUGCCGCCAUCACCGUCGGCGAGCUACGAGGCUUCAGCGGCAGAGGCAAGAAAGCCGUGUACGUUGGCAGUCCUCGGGAAUCAGGCAACACAGACGUCUUCUCCGUUGACCUACAAACCGGCACCAUCGACCGCCUGACAAACCACCCAGAGUACGUCGACCCCAUCGACGUCUCCCCAGACGACGAAUGGCUCGUAAUCCUCGACACCCGCGCAACCACCCGCCACAUGUUCCUCGCGGGUCUGCGCGACAUCCCCCCUAUAACCGACAUCGUGACCUCCCCCGUCACCACCGGCGUCCGCAACAACGGCCCCCGCCGCUUCUUCCAACCCUGGCUCCUCGACAAACACGGCGACCGCGGCACCUACCACGGCCAGAAGAUUAACGGUAACGCCAACGGCAUACCCGGCAGCUACGCCGUCAACGACCCCGAAUGGAACGCCAUGGCCGACCCCCGCUGGAGCCCCGACGGCACCGCCAUCGCCUACUGGCAAGCCCAAACCAUCGCGCCGUCCUGCGGCGGCGCGAACCCGCUCCCUUGCUACCCUUCUAAAGCACCAGGCGGCCGCACUUACCGCCUCAUGCUCGCCCGGCUGUCGAGCAGAAAGCCGCUGAAGCGCGCACGCGUCGACGAGGCGUCGGACGUGGUGCCGUGGGGUACGCCGUAUGUUCCUGGCGGCGCGAUACGCGCGCGCGAGGAACUGCCCGCUGGGAAGUACGUCCUAAAGGGCACGGCUGCUGGGUCUGUGGAUAUCAGUUUGAUCGCUGGCGGUAACUCAACAUCCGUGGACCAGGUCGUGGCGGUUUACCAUAACUACUCCACCGAUGGGCUGAAGUUCACUAAUGGGUGGGAGAAUGUCACGAGGGAGACGCUGAGUCCGCUUGUGAGCCGCACGCACUGGUAUAGUGAUCUUGUCCAGACGGGCCCGGACGGAUACGUGGCGACGAAGAAGAGCGGCCCGGGUGGGUGGCAUGCGGAGGUCAAUGUGAUGAGGAAUUUCUUGGAGGCGAAUGGCACGCUGGUGACGACGGUCGAGGGCGUGGAGUAUCUGCCGCCGAAGAGUGGUACGUAGGGAUGUGUUUAAUAGAUAGAUGGCACGACGUAGGUCAGAAGUUCGGCCGUGG